AUGAGUGGCUUCGGGAGGUCAUCAGGGAAGCUUUCACAGAAGAGGCAGAAAUCUGGCAAGUGCAAAGUAGACAGAGAGAGCAUGGGUUUAGAUUGGGAAAUGACGAAGCCCACUAAAUCCACAGACCAGUUGAAAAUCCUCAUCAAAGCAUUCAAUCCAAAACCUUACCCAAGUUCUCGGACCAAACAAAAGCUUGCUUUAGAAAUCAACACUGAAGAGCCUAGAAUCCAGAUUUGGUUUCAGAAUCGAAGAGCUAGGCACCAAGUUCAGACAAGGUCAGAACUUGAGAAGGACUUAGAAGCAAGCCAAGCCCAGGAUCACCCUGAAGAGAAGACUCAUAGUAGAGAAAAUAGAUGCUGUCGUACUCGCUACACUUCCUCCUGCUUACCCUCAUCACAGCCACCUACCAACAUCCCCCAUCCUGUAAUUGAUUCCACAGAGCAACUCGCUGUGGAAAUCGGGGUUUCAAGGUCAAGAGUCCAAAUUUGGUUUAAAAGUCAAGAUCUAGAUUCCAUGUCCAGAGAAAAAAGACAACUUGAUGAGCCCUUAGAACAGAAACAAGACCAGGAACGAGAUCUCUGUGAUGAGGGAGUUCAUGGUACAGAAACUACACCAAAUGGCACGAACCUCACUAACAACUGUCUUACUUCUCUGAAACCAGAACAGGAUGGACCAAGAAAUAAAUUCAGUGUAUCUGAUGGCAUCAGCCUGGGCUCCAAAUCGCUCAUCCCAGGAACAUACCCUUCUUAACAUAUCUCCAGCUUCUCCAGAAGUUGAGCCUUCUAGAGAUGGUAAACAACUUCAGGAGGCAGAUACAAGGCACCACACGCUGCCUUACCGGGGGAGCCUGGCUCCACAGUUCAGCAGCUGUCAAGGAAAAUGAAACUAAACUUAUUCAUAAAAAAAAACAAAAACCAAAAAAAACCCACACAUACUAUGGAAGCUGUGCCCCAUACUCUGGUCUCUCUCCCUUUCAGUCCCUCCACCAGAGGAAAGGAGUGCAUCCGAUUGGUACGUUUAGGGAAAAGGAAAUGGGCACGGAGGAGUCAGUUCCUCCUGUCUUCCUCUUGAUAGACUGACCUCAGAGCACAAGAUUUCCCCUCUCCUCCACACCACCCAAGCUGGGCAGGAGGGGAGGCCUGCCGUGGCCCAUCAAUGCUGUCACUUACCCCGAGCAAUAGUACAAGGGGCCGUCAAUGGUAAAAAUGAAGAAGCCUUUGGCCCCUAACCACUGACACCUUGUCCUAAGUGGCAAUUUGUUUAAAAUCUGAGUGAGGAAGAAUGGUGCUAUUAUCAGACCACCUUUAUUCUGAGAAGGUCUCUAAGGACAGGCUGGUGCAAUUUGAAAAAGCUCCUUACAAAAAAUCACCAGGGUGUAGAGUUAGAGAAGGUUGAGGAUAGAACCUGAGUGUCAACAUUUAAGUGGAAGGCAAAAGAAAAAGGGGACUUGUUUCUAAAGGGAAAGAAGCAGAAGGAACUAAAUCAGAGGAAAUAAAGCAAGUGUAGUCCGAGGCUCUAGCCUCAAAGGGAAGGAGAGCCUUCGUGUGCAGAACACAGCAAUCGUGUGUGUGUGUGUGU